GACCUCUAAAGAUGAGGUCGCGCGCUGCGCAUGCGCACAACGACUUGGGCGACAAUGGCAGGAACGGCAUGCGCAGCGAUCUCACGGCUACUGAGGGGUGCCCAGCAGCGAGCAGGGGCGGCACCCGUCCGCUGGCAACAUGCGUCCAGCAAGGUGCCGCUCAGCACCGUCACGCUCAUCCCGGGCGACGGCAUCGGCCCCGAGAUCUCCGCCGCCGUCGUCAAGAUCUUCGACGCCGCUAGGGCGCCGAUCCAGUGGGAGGAGCGCAACGUGACGGCCAUCCUCAGCUCGUCGGGCAAGUGGGUCAUCCCCCCGGAGGCCAAGGAGUCGAUGGAUCGCAACAAGAUGGGGCUGAAGGGGCCCCUGAAGACGCCGGUGGCCGCGGGCCACCCGUCCAUGAACCUGCUGCUGCGCAAGACCUUUGACCUGUACGCCAACGUGCGCCCGUGCGUGUCCAUCGAGGGCUUCCGCACGCCCUACGACGACGUGGACCUGGUGACGAUCCGCGAGAACACGGAGGGCGAGUACAGCGGCAUCGAGCACGUGAUCGUGGACGGCGUGGUGCAGAGCAUCAAGCUGAUCACGGAGCAGGCGAGCCGGCGCGUGGCGGAGUUCGCGUUUGAGUACGCGCGCAGCAACAAGCGUCACACCGUCACCGCCGUUCACAAGGCCAACAUCAUGCGCUUGUCGGACGGCCUCUUCCUGAAGAAGUGUCGCGAGGUCGCCGAGACCUUCAAGGACAUCAAGUUCACGGAGAUGUACCUGGACACUGUGUGCCUCAACAUGGUGCAGGACCCCACGCACUUCGACGUGCUGGUCAUGCCCAACCUGUACGGGGACAUCCUGAGUGACCUGUGCGCGGGUCUCAUCGGGGGCCUCGGGGUCACUCCCAGCGGCAACAUCGGCACCAACGGCGUUGCCAUCUUCGAGUCGGUGCACGGCACGGCACCCGACAUCGCCGGCAAGGACCUGGCGAACCCCACGGCGCUGCUCCUGAGCGCCGUGAUGAUGCUGCGCCACAUGGGCCACACGGGCUACGCCCAGCGCAUCGAGGCGGCCUGCUACGGCACCAUCAAGGACGGCAAGGUGCUCACGGGAGACCUGGGAGGGAAGGCAAAGUGCUCCGAGUUCACGGCCGAGAUCUGCAGCCGCGUCAAGGACACGGAGUGACGUCAGCCUCGUCGUCGCCGCCACCGCGUUCCCACCCACCGCCUGGGCCGCCCCCUCCCUCCAUCGUUGCGGCCAGCACGUGCGUGUAGGGCCCCUAUUCUCUUGCAUGCCCCAUGGUUACUGACAAGGCCCCAUGGUUACUGACAAGGCCGGCCGCCGCCGCCGCCGCCAAAGCCGAGAAGAGCUGGCCUAGGCUGCGGUCGCGGCGGCGGCGGUGGUCCUAGGUGGUUGAUAAUCGUCUAAUACUGUCUGCAUUUCCGGCAAUUGUUCAUUUUCGCGCAACACACGUACACACACGUGCACACACGUGCGCACACGUGCACACGCACGCACACGUACGCACACGCACGCACACAUGCGCACGCACGCAUUCACACGUACUGACCGCACGUACAGACGCACGCACAGACCGCACGCACAGACCGCACGCACUCCGAAUAGGUGCUCGUCCGUCACGUUUCAGGCCUCCGUAAAGGUGGCCGCCACGCGUCGUCGUCGUCUUCUUCGUCUUAAGCAAACUUCCGUUCCGCAGGGGCCACGCGGCUUGCCUGACGCCGUCCGUCCUUCCACGCCAAUUCCAGAGCCGUUGGGACUUCCGGUCCUUUCCGUUUCAAACGCCGCGCAGCUUUUCAACGACGUCCGUGCGACGUCGGAAUUGUUCGUGUCUGAAACGCACAAUCCGCGUGCCGUGUCGCGCCGGGGUCCAGAGGGAGAGAGAGGCCCCGGGGGGCCUUUGCCGUGUCUGUCCGCGAGGUGGGGGGCCCCCCCCACGCUCCCGUGGGCACGGAGGCCGCGUCGCGCGAGAAGCGUCGCGUCGCGUGGGUGCUCGUAGGUGGCGCGAUGCAGCUCGGUGAUGUUGCCAAACUCCACGAGUUUCGUUUUUGUCGGCGCCGCUGGUGCCGCCGAUGGUGGUGGUGGUGAUGGUGGUGAUGGCGGUGGUGGUGGUUAUGGUGGUGGAGCGGGCUGGACCAGAGCCAUCAGCCCCAGCCGCCCCCCCCCCACCGCCCCCCCACCACUACUGCCCCCCACUACUCCCCACCCCCCACCACUACUCCCCCCCCACCUCCCCCCCACCCCCACCGUGCCAUCGCCUUAAUCUGCAAGGGGAUAAACGUCACUCGCCCCUUCCCGUAACGAGACCUCAGUUCAUUUCAUUUCCGCCGCCAAUCAUUCCACUCCUCAUCUGCCUCCUCCGCCGUGCUGUGACUAAAACACGGGGGGGCGAGCGCCGUUUAUCCCGGGAUUAAGGAGGGAACCUCAACCCAACAACAAAAGGGCACUUUUGUGAUAUAAAGAUGGAAUCCCCCCCACCCCCCCCCAAUAGCCUUGAGCACACUGUUUGGGGCAAGUGCUCCGAACGAAGGCCGGCACUGACACACGACGAGGUGGGUGGCCAACAACACCCCCAGUGCUGGGGUUUUAACACCGCACCAGGUACUCAAUUGAGGCCGAGUCGACCUAGGGGAGGGCCCAGGACCGGUUCAAACAUUCGCCGCUGUGAGCAAUGGUGACUGCCUCCUCCUCGAGUGGUCCGUGCAGUUCCAGGUCUUGGCUCCCCCGACUCCCCUGACUCCCUCCCCACCCUCCCAAGUCGUUUUACAUCAUUUCUCUCACUCCGUCUCUUGGCCGACGUCCCUUACGCCGGUUCAGCUUCCUCCAUAACCCCCCCCCCACCUCUUGAGAAUGUUUCCCGAAGGCGUUGACUCAUGGGUUGUUGUAAAUCGUUACAGAAUCCAUGCGUGUGCAUGGUUACCCCCCCCCCCCUAACGUAUUGAAAAAUCUGUUUAUAUACAGGGCGCUUCAACAGAAAUGUGAACACUUCUGAGAAUUUGCAACGACACUACGUUGAAUGUGCCGCCUCCGUGUUCUGGAGACCACCUGGAGAAGAUUCCAGGCCACGUGUUGGAAACCCUUUCGACUGUUUGAAGCUAUUAACAUCACACUUGUUAUCACGUUCUCUAUUUAAAAACGAUAGGCCCAUAUAAGUGUUCACAUUUGUUUGAAGCACCCAGUGUGUGUGUGUGUAUAUGCUUUUUGAGUGGGUAGGGAGGGGAUGGAGCUCAUUUUAAAUGGAACUCUGCGAUGAUGAUGAUGAAGAUGAUGAAGAGUAGUCCACUUGCGACUCCGCCGACCCCACUGAUACGGCGGACGGGGUGAGAGCUUGUACGCACCGAUUGUUGAUCGUGGCCGACCAGCGCGGCUCCCCACCCAUUGUCGUUUGCUGCUGCCGCUAAACGUAAUAAGCACAUAAUAAAGAAUCACGCGCG